UAAGUUCAACAUGGCGGCCGUCCGAGGCCUUACGCGGCUUAGAACUCGUGAAUUUCUUCGCGGUCGCUGUGUUUCGACUAGCAAGAUUCCGAGAAAUGCGAGAGGUGUAUCACAGGGGGAAAUGCGUAUUCUAACAUCGCAGCACGGUUUAUUCAGAAAGGCAAUAAGUGGUUCAUUGUCUACUCAUGGUCCAUUCAAAGCCGUGUCAUUUUUGCGACCAUUGAGCAGCCAAUCACAAAGCAGCUUUUUGGCAGACCUGAAGUCAACUCCACCGCCGGCUGUAUAUCUUGGCUUCUCUGGAGCAAUUCCAUUCUGUGGCCUAGCUGCUGUGGCAUUUGUUUCUCCAGAACACUUAAAUCUGGUUGCUCAUGCUCAACAAGCAUAUGGGGCAUGCAUUCUGUCAUUUCUUGGGGCAGUACAUUGGGGUUAUGCCCUACCAAAGACUAGUGAACUUAAACCAGACUGGAACACACUUGGAUACAGUGUUACUCCGUCUCUCCUAGCCUGGUCAGCCUUGCUGAUGAAUCCUGUACCAGGACUGACAACAUUGUGUUUUGGGCUUGCUGUAGCUUUAUGGAAAGAUUUGAAGACAACUUGUUUUCCUUCAUGGUACAUCGCCUUACGAAAAGCUCUGUCUACUUUGGCUAUGACUUCAGUUGGUUUAACUGCAGCAGUCUUGUAUUUUCAAUAGUCAGAUGUAUAUGACACUUAAAGAGAGGGUUAUUGAUAUUUCUGGUUAUAAUUAUAUAUUUGUUGCUGUUUUAAGUAACCAUUUUAUUCUCAGAUUAACCUCUUCGAACGGUGGAACUUGGUUUGCAAAGGACAAUGCAUGGCCUUUUUUUGUAAGCUUUUAACAUGAUCAUGGUGUAAGGACAUUGUCCAAAGUUGAUUACUAAGAAUUUUUAAGCCACCUGGUAUAUUGAGUUUUUUAUAUCAUCCAAUUAAAGUGCUGUAUGGUGGCUAAUGAUUUGGAAUUACUGCCUUGGAUUUCAUUACAGUUAAAACAUAUUAACCAACUGCACAAUGUAGAGUACAAAUAAUGCAUGAAUUGAGUACAAAUAUGACACGAUAUUUGUACUGCAGAGAACCAUAAAUAAAUAUCAGCAAAAUUCACCCA